GGCUUGCCCUGAGCUCAGGCGCUUCAGACCGUGGUCUCUCCCCCCAUCCUUCUCGGACAUAAUGUUUCUCAGGGUUUCACAGCAUUGCCUGCCUUUUAACUCGCUUUGAUCAUCAAGCCUGCAUUGUGAAUGUUCUUCGUCCUUUCUCUAUUGUCUGGUCGGCUUGCAAUAUAGGAAGGAAAAGUAGCUAACCGAUCGCCCUCUUACCCUGGGUGCUAAUAAGAGGCCCUCUCAAAUCUAUAGUUGAGGAACAACGUCCAAAACAGAGGGCAUGACUCCAAACAGUCCCAUCUUUGAAGGAUAUUAACCCCUGGUCUCCAUCAAACCAUUGCUGCUUCUGAGAGUGACUUCUGUCUCUUUAAGGACUGUGUUAUGGAUAAGUUUGUUAUACGAAAACCCAGAACUGAAGGACACCCUAAGGAGAAAGAUCCCGGAGAAAAGAUUUACAAGCAAGCUACUAUAGAAUCUCUGAAGAGAGUUGUGGUUAUAGAAGAUAUAAAAAGAUGGAAAUCUAUGCUAGAGCUUUCAGUUCAGUCUAAGGAGAAUCUAAUUGAAGCCUUAAUGGAAUUAAAGAAGAAAAUACCCUCCAAAGAAGUUUUACUUUCAACAAAAAUAGGUCAUACAGUGAACAAGAUGCGCAAGCAUUCAGAUCAGGAUGUGGCCGCUCUUGCCAAAGAAGUGUAUACUGAGUGGCGAACAUUCAUCAAAGACCAUUCAGAUAGACCCUCAAUAGAAGUGAGGAGUAAUCCCAGGACAGAGAAGCUUAGGCAGAAUGCACGGAAGCUACUGGCUGAAGCUCUAGAGCUGGAGAUUGGUCACCCGCUGGCGGAAAAUAUUGAGCGAGAAGCUUUUCAUCUCUCAUCCCGUCUCAUUAGCGCGCCCUACCGCAGGACUGUGCGAGCCCUCGUAUUCGCUUUAAAGCACAAGCCUGAGACGCGGACACAAGUGCAAAGUGGUGUGCUGUCACCUAGCGUGCUUGUGCAAAGCUACAAAAAGUGACUCAAAGGCCUUUUGCAGAAGGGGUGCAGCGGUGGGGAUAGGCAUAACUGUAUUAUAAAAUAAUGGAGGGAAUCACUUCUGUUUCUUUGAAUACAUUAACCACAUAAUUGUUCAGUACUAUCAAAGAGUGUUUCAGGACAUCCCUUCAAUGUCAAGUUCUCAUUUGAUGCAAAGGGCGGUUUGCAGUUCAGAGAGUUAAGAGGAACGGGAAAGGAAAUUACUCUACUUUACCUUUAAGCAGCCUGGAAGGUAAUUUCAGCUGGUAAGAGACCAGGUCUUUGUGAUAUUCUCUUCCCAAGAGUGUAUGGCACAAACCUUUGUGGGCUUCAUCACAGGGACUGGCUAGUAUGCUUAAAAGAAACUCUGGUGACCAGAUGUAGUUAGUUUGUAAACUGAAGCUUGUGCCGCCUGCCAUCCUCCAGCAUCAAAUCACCUCUUUUGCACAUUUGCUCUACCAGUAUCUGCUCCGCCUUCAUAUCUAUGUACCUCGAAGCAGGGGUAAGGAACCUCUGGCCCUUCCAUCAGCCCCAGCCAGCAUUUUCAGUAAUGGGGUCGUAGCCAGAUAACACCUAGGUGUGGGGGGGGGGCACAGGAUCCCUACCCUGCUCUGAAGAAUUGCAUUCUGCAGUGGCUUUUAAGAACUGUGAGUUUACAUUGAGAAGGAAAUAACAUUUGAUGCACUUGGCCAACAAGACCAGCAAGAGCCCGUGGUGGCAUAGGUUACAUUUUACAUCAAUAGCGCCAUGGGAUUAUGAUACCUAAUUGGACUGAAAGGGCAAGUAGACCUUUUUCUGUGCACUGUUAUGGGUGGGUAUGAAAACAGUUCUGCUGUACGGUUCCGCUGUAUAAUGUACACUGAGGUUCUAGGGGUCCAUAUGCAAAAAAUAGCACGAAAUCAGAACAAUCCGAGGAGCAGCCUCUGCCAUCCAAGAUUUCUCUGCAGCCUACCAGAGGCUUUGUGCAACAUUCCCAGGACCCUGUAAGCAAGGUGCAGAGCUUGAAAAGCUGUUUCUGCAAAGGAAAAGCCUUUGGAUGGCCCUGCAAAAUCUUACAAGGGCUUCCAGAGCCCAGUAAGUAAGAGUCCCUUUCUAUUCAUAUAUGCAUAAUAAACUGCCUAAAGCUGUGAUUGCGUAAGGAAAAUAAGUGUAAAUUGCAGGUACUACGUAAAUACCAAUGCUUUCAAACCAUCUACCUAAAUAUGUCCUGAACCUUCCUACUUCCUUUUCCAGUACUGUACCUUGCCCUAAAAUGUUACUACCUCA